AUGUUCCGUUUGUGUGUUAUACUGGCGGGAGUUUUGCUGCCGGUCUCAGUGCUGUGUGCUCCAACUGUGCACUUGCAGGACUAUGUGCCAGAGUCUACGCCGGAUUACAAUUCCAUUCAAUCCGAGACCGAACAGCCUCGACCCAUUGCCAAACCACACGUGGUGGAACCCACCUGGAUCACGGUAACGGUGCCUCCGACCUAUCCAAAGCCCCAUGUGAUGCCACCGUUCACUAGCUACGUUGUCGUUCCACCGGUCCAUCAGCCCAUGGGUGGGCCGUGGCCAAUGUACUACCCCAACAUGCCAGUACUGCCGUAUCAAUAUCCUACCAACCAUAUGUGCCAGCAGCAGAUGAGCCCGUACCCUGUGACAUAA